UUCGGCCAUCCAGAAACAAACCAGUUCGAUGACUACUAAUAGUUAUAGCCAGAUGUACUAAUACACAACAAAUCACAGUCCUGCAGAGGGGCGCGCAAAUGAGUUCCUAUUUUGUGAAUCCCACUUUCCCUGGGAGCCUGCCCAGCGGCCAGGACUCCUUCUUGGGCCAGCUGCCCCUCUACCCGGCCGGCUAUGACGCGCUGAGGCCCUUCCCGGCCUCUUAUGGGGCGUCGAGUCUUCCGGACAAGACAUACACCUCACCUUGUUUCUACCAACAGUCCAACUCGGUCCUGGCCUGCAACCGGGCAUCCUACGAGUACGGGGCCUCAUGUUUCUAUUCUGAUAAGGACCUCAGUGGCGCCUCACCCUCGGGCAAUAGCAAGCAGAGGGGCCCCGGGGACUACCUGCACUUUUCUCCCGAGCAGCAGUACAAACCUGACAGCAGCAGCGUGCAGGGCAAAGCCCUCCAUGAGGAAGGCACCGACCGGAAGUACACAAGCCCUGUUUACCCCUGGAUGCAGCGGAUGAAUUCCUGUGCGGGUGCUGUGUAUGGGAGUCACGGGCGCAGAGGCCGCCAGACCUACACGCGCUACCAGACCCUGGAGCUGGAGAAGGAAUUCCACUUCAACCGCUACCUGACUCGGCGGCGCCGCAUCGAGAUCGCCAACGCGCUCUGCCUCACCGAGCGCCAGAUCAAGAUCUGGUUCCAGAAUCGGCGCAUGAAGUGGAAAAAGGAAAAUAAACUCAUCAAUUCCACGCAGGCCAGCGGGGAAGACUCUGAGGCCAAGGCGGGCGAGUAGACUCCAGGCAGGGACCAGGCCAUCGUUGUAACCUCUAUUGGCUUUGCCCCCUGGUGCCCUUGCCUGCUCCCCAAGU